AUGAGGUCUGCAGAUACACAAAUCCCGUCAAGUUCGCCGUUAUCUCCCAAGUCAACCUCAAGGUCACCGGAUUCCAUUCUUUCAUCAGGACCUACUACUCCGGGACCUACUACAGACAGUUAUUUUGGAAACGCAAUAUACGAGUCUCCACCAGCUUCGGACUCUUGCGAAUCGGAAUCAUCUUACAAUGAGGACGAAGAUGACGCGCAAACCGACUCGACUCUCGACGAUGCUGGAUUGCAUCCAGAAUUUGGUCAUCCCUUACAAAGAAUGCCGCGCAUCAGAAGCGCUGACCACGGAUUGAAUUACGACUCUGACGCAGAAUUGAAAUCACUUUUGAAGAGUGCUAGCUCUUCACAGUCAAAUGUAAAUAUACCAGAUAGUGAUAUGGUAAACUAUGACCGCAUUAUCGACAUACUACUCGAACGAAAACCUAAUCCAUUUAUCAGUCAUAAUCAACACGAUUUAGUCCUGUUUGAUUCACCGCUGGAUGACACGAUGUAUCGAUACCAAGAAGCUUUACCUCCACUCAUGGUCAAACGUUUUAAAAAAUCUUCUUCACUAGAGCUCCUUCUCCUUCUGGAACUCAAUGUCCCAGAGCUAAGAGAAGAUCCAUGGAAUCCCUCUCCUCAUAUUGUGCGAGCCGUAGAGAGAGAUGAUUACAUCUACCUAUGCAUGCAUCGCCUUUUCGAAUACAACAAUCCGCCUCUGGCCUCUGUUGCCCACUAUAUUGACUUCUUCAGACAGGUUCUUGAGGGCCUUUCAUUCCUUCACGAACAGCGCAUCGCUGGUUUUAGAUGCGGUGAACACACGUCUUUCAUGGUUGAUCUCAGCAGUAUGCCGCAUACUCCCGCACUCCUGCGCCCUGGGGAUGAACUCGCCACGCCCCGGUUUGAUCGUUACUCUUAUCCCGUCCGAUACUAUUUUGUCGACUUUAGUCAAGCAACGCGCAUUCCGAACUCAUCGCCAUUUCUAUCCUCUUCCACAUCAACUCAAGAUGGAAUUGGUGCAAACAAACGAGCAGACAACCCCUUCAAGCGUGAUAUUGAAGACUGUGGUGCCAUGUUCAAUGCUCUCCUGAAUGAUGUCCCCCAAAUAACAACAAAAUUCAAAUCUUUAACAAAAGCAAUGAUAUUUGGUGGAUUCAUGGCAGAUGACGCGCGCAGGCUAUUUGAAGCUUUAUGCCGUUCUCUCGAUGCAUCUGUCUUUGAUAAAUUGGCCAUCCAUGAAGGUCCUAAUAAAACACUGGAAAGGGCACAUACCAUUUGCCACCUGAUAGCCGACCCAAAAAAUGCCAACCGCUGCCGAGAGAAAGUCGUCUCUCGUUGA